AUGGAGGGUCAGUGCACAACCAUCUCUGCAGUGCAUGGAGUGAAUCCUUCAGACAUCAAAUACACCUCAGUUUCUUCUCCACACACUUACAAAAUCCAUAAAAUCCAAGUUCCUCCCAAAGUCCUCACAGCAGCACAUUUCCAGCCUGGGAGCUGGAAAAGGACCUGUGUAAGUGAAGGGAGUUCUAUCCCCAGUCUGCCCAGCUCUCAGGGGUCUGAGCCUGACAGCCUUGAGGAGGAGAUGAGGUACCAGCUGGGGCUGCAGCAGCAGAUCCUGGACAAUGAGGAGCUGCUAGGGCUGUGCUCUGAGGAGAUGGAGGAUGACAGCUUGGAAGGAGAUAGCUUGGAGGAAAGGAGCUUUACAGAAGAAGAAGAAGCAGAGUGUGACACAAAUACGUGUGGAGUAGAGAAGAACCAUGGUGGUGGAAGGAAGCAACAGCCUGUGGACAAAUAUUCCAACCUAAGAUACAAUCCCAACUGGAAGGACACAAUAAAGGGAGAAGAAUUUUCUGAGGUAGACAAAACAUCUCCAGGUGCUGGAAGAAACAGUUUGGACUUGCCACAAAAUUCAUUUUACCUCCAUAGCAAUGACUCUCUAGAGGAAAAGGAUCAACAGGAGGCAAAAGCACAAGAUUCAUUCUCAGAGUUGAGUGUGGAAUUAUUCAGCUUCCAUGAACCAAAUGUCCUGGUCAACAAUGAACCUGUUGAACAUGCCCAAAAGAAGGAACCUGUAAGUGGUUCCUGUUCCAAAGGUAGUUCUGGGACUAGUGGAAGUGCUUUGCCUGUUCAGAGUCAACAAGAGAGACCACAAAGAGCAAAAAAGAACUUUGUGAAGAGAAAUAAACAGACUUUAGGGUUAAAUUCAGAGAGGAUAAAUUCCUACCUUGAGUUACACAAUAAAAAGCAACAAGUUCUUCAAGAGCAGGUUACAGAUCCUAAAACUGAUGAUGAUGAAACACUUCAAGGUGUCCAACCAGUGCAGACUGUGAAAACAAAGCCUGAAGAUCAACAGUACCUGCAAUUACAGCAGCUCAAGGGUCAGCACAAUCAGUUCUUCCAGAGAAAUAAAGUCACAUCCAACCAGGAUCUCAAAGGAAGAGCUUUCCCAAGGAAUGAGAGCCAAGAAGCACCAGGAAGACCAGCAGAUCCAGAGCCUUGGCAGCACAGUCACCACCACACAUCAGGAUCUCAGGCUGCUCCCACUGCAGUGGAGCAAGACAAGAGCAGAGCACUGCAGGAAUGUCUGUGUCCAACUUCUGCUGUUGGCCCCAACACUCAUACAGCAGCAAAACCAAAUACUUGCUUAAAUAGCUUCCCCACUUCAGGAUAUUUUGUUAGCCAAGACUUUAUCAUAUCUCCCUAUCCUUUUCACCCAACCUGCCAUACCUGUAUCCCAGCAGAGGUUCCAGUUCCAGCAUAUACCAGCAAGGAGAACAAGAAUUAUCAGCAUGAUGCCCUAAACAACCAACAGCAUUUACACAGCCACAUCCCUGGGCAGCAUUUUGCAAGAGAUGCCAAGACCCAUGGCCAAGCACAGCCAAGCCAGAGGAAUAUUCCAUCUACUUUUAAUGCCAAUUUUCAGGAGUGCAGAACACACAUUGAUGAGGAUAAAAGCUCACUAACAGCUCCUUGUGCAACUUCCCAAUUUACACAUCCCCAAGGAAUCUGUCCUUGGGCAGGAGCUCCCUUAGUUUACAGGUGCCUGCUCAAUCCAUUUCCACCUGGGAACUCCCAGGAGCAAAAUUCUUCACAGAUAGACCCAGGAAGAGGUGAAGAAAAUCCAGGGAAAAUAAACCAAAGCAACUCCAAAGGAAAUCUCAUGCAGAUAGGAAAGCAACACCAACCUAAAGUCAGCAAGAAGCUGCACAGCUCAAAACUCUACAAAGACCUGAAUGUGAGUCUUGGAGGCCUUGGACCUGACUAUGAAGCAAUCAAAGAGAAAAAAGAGAAGUUAAAUCUACAAAAGGAAUACUCAAGGAAAAUUAAGGAAUACAAUAUGAAAAAUAUUCCUUUUGUUCAGAGGUUGCCUACAAAGCCUCAGGUCAUACCUUUAGUGUCAAGACAGAAGGCACUGGAAUAUGCUAAGAAGAUUCCUAAACCAAAGAUUUGCACGAAAAGCCAAUGGGACAAAGAGGAAACAGCUCUGCCACAGACUCUGAAUGGAACCAGGUUACCUGAAAUUCCAGUCCUGGAAACUCUGCAGCAUAGACAUGAGCAGGAGAAGCAAAUUGUGGCUACAUUGAAAGCCCUUCACAUCCUAUAG